AAUUAUGAAAAACGUAACACUUCUAUUUUUUUAUUGUUGCAGUUUUAUCCCUAUUCACGUUGGUGAAAUUCGAUAGAGAAGAAUGUAUCGGUGCUUCUGGUAAUAGAGGCACAUGUUUGAGUUCUAUGGAAUGCUCUCAAAGAGGUGGAACUGCUGAUGGAACUUGUGCCGCUGGUUAUGGAACUUGCUGUGCAUUUCUGCAGUCUUGCGGUACUUUUGUGCGAGAAAAUCGUACGUUGUUUGUGAACAACAACUAUCCAGAUGCUUACGAUGGUAUAGGUACUUGUCAAAUAACCAUGCAAAAAAUUAAUUCAGACAUUUGUCAGUACAGAUUGGAUUUCGAUGAAUUCUUACUCGCGGGACCAGAAACUGAAAACCAUAUAUGUGAGAACGACCAACUUAUUAUAGCUGGAGCUCCUGGUUCUGUACCAAUAAUUUGUGGUAUGAACAGAGGAAACCACAUUUAUGUAGAUGCUGGAACUGAUCCCCAAAAUUCGAUGGUCCUGUCUGUGGUUACAAAUGGAGAAUCUUUCAAUAGGACUUGGAAAAUAAGGAUUAGUCAAAUUCCUUGCAGUUCUAAUUAUAAGGCUGAUGAAGGCUGUUUGCAAUAUUUUUCUUCGGUCAGUGGUCAGAUAACAUCUUUCAACUACGAUCCGACGGAAGGUCUUCAGUUGUCCAAUCAAAAUUACGGAAUCUGCAUCAGACAAGACAGGAACUUUUGCGGUGUUCAGUACACCCAGUGUCCAGAUCCAGAUAACGAUCCUAUACAAUCAUUCACUCUGAGUGGAAAUUCAAACUCGAACGUACCAGCUAUGGUAGGUAGCACAGGCAGUUCCAACUUCUGCCAGUCGGACUACCUCAUAAUACCAAUGGUGUCUAACGUCGGCAGACCUCCUUCUGGUCCUUCUGCUAACGUGGAUAGGAUUUGCGGAGGGAUCUUGAGCGCAGAUGUCACUCUUAUCCCGACAACUGUUAGAAGUGGUGUGAAACCCUUCCGUCUCUGGUUCCAUACAGACGGUGUAGAAGCACCAACAGACAGGGACAACAAGGGAUUCUGUCUCAACUACGUUCAACAGCCCUGCAUGAGCAGCAUUUAAAUAACCAUCAACGUCAGCAGGACUGUGUCACGGAUGACAUACGCGGCCUACUAUGAAAAAGCUCGGGAGUGAUUUCGUCGCUAAUUUAUGAUUUUUCUAGCGAGGGGUGAAUUUGGGUUUUUACGCUCUGUGACCGGUGAAACGACUUUGUUUGAUGUGCAGGAUGAUGUGAUGAUGAAGUUCACUUCAGGGUCGGUUUUGGUGCGUGAAAUAUGGAAUUGUGUUUUUUUUAUUAUGAUGAGAUUGGUUAGGUUUGAACUUGAAGAAGAUCUUCAAGAUACUUCAGAACAAGAUUCUUCAGAACUAUACAUGAUAACUUUUCUAUGAAAAUUUCUAUCUAUUAAUUUUCUUCAUUUGAUUAUUUUUCUUCGAAACUGAACCAAUGAGAUAUUACACGAAUUUUUCAAAUCUGUAUGUGUACUGUCAAAAAUCAGAUUAUAGAUCAUUUUUGUCAGUACAUUUUUAUUACAUUAUAUUAGAUUAUUAUGA